AUGAAAAAUUAUUUACUAUUGUUUAUUGCUUUUUGUUCUAUGUUACGGGAGUUUGGUUCAAAUCAAACUUUUUUUUAUGAGAGGAUGCAUAAUUUUGGAUUAGGUCGGCGCAUCAUCCCGACUUUCGAUAGUCGUUACGCUUUUCCGGAGCCGAUACCAAUUAAAAAAUCAGUAAUAGAGAAUUUGAAUGCCGCCUAUCAAAAUAUGUAUCAAGGUUUAAGACAAACAAAUGACACGAGAGUUUACAAAAAAAGGUUUGAUUACUCGCCUAAAGAAGUAGGACAGCAUGUCUUCUUUGAAGAGAUAUUUGAUUGCAUAAUCACGCAUUUGGCAAUUGAAACAAUGGAAGGUAUACCAAUAGUGGUGCGCGGAGGUGUCGGUUACCGGUACUUCGUGGUUGUUAUCAAAGCAAAGCCUUGGAAACGGCUUAAUGGAAGCGUCAGAGCGUAUUGUAAAAAAAAAUACGACUUUUCACAAUGAA